AUGACGGAUGCCCUUCAACCACUUCUGCUAGCAGAGGCCCUUAUGGACAGGGGGUCAUACUUGAGCGGUAUUUACACCAAAGAGAUGAAGGAGGUAGCCGUAGAUCUGAAGAAGAGGGAAGAGAUCCCUGUAAGGCGUGCAGACAAGACAGCCGCGUUCGUGCUCAUCAGCACUUUGGAAUACUUCGAGAAACUCGCCGCCAUCUUGUCUAAUGUCUCCAAGUUUGAGAGACUUACGAAGAACCCGACGGAAGAAAUCAAACACAACGCCAACCGGGUCAUCACAGCUGUGAAUGCCGCUACGAAUGCCACACAUCUCCCACCCAUCCAAGGUGACUAUAGCCUCGGCUACCUAUACAGGAACGAGAAGACCCACAAGGAAGGCAACCCAAUAUGCCAGAUCAUCAGCCAAACGCCCGCCCCGACUUACGCUCUGGCCAAACGCCUUAAUAAAAUCCUGACUCCAUAUAUCCCCUCCAGAUACUGCCUCACAUCAUCGGUGGAAUUUUUGGAGAAGAUCCGUGACUCCUCCGGUGCGGGAACCAUGGUGUCCUUAGACGUUGAGUCUCUAUUCACCAACAUGUACUGCGUAGCGAUGGGGUCCCCCUUAGGAGUCCUCUUCGCUAACUUCUACAUGGGUGAAACGGAAGAAAGGGUCUUCUCGCAACAUAGAUGUCCCCGCACAUAUGGACGCUAUAUCGAUGAUAUCUUCGUGCAAGCCGACUGCGAGGAUGAGGUAGAAGCCCUUUGGCAGCAGUUCCUGCAACACAGCGCACUCAACUUCACAGUCGAGUACAGCAGCGACGAUCGGCUCCCCUUCCUCGACGUCCUUGUCACGAAGACGAAUCAGAAGUUGGUGACUACAGUUUACACCAAAGCUACGAACCUUGGACUUUGUCUAAAUGGAGAUAGUGAGUGUCCUGCGUGGUUCAAGACCACCACCGUCAGGGCCUUCGUCAGGAGGGCCCUCUCGCACUGUUCGACAUGGUAG